CGGCAAUUAAUACAAAUGACGACGCUGCUAACGGCUUUCAUCUGUGGUACCUUUCUCCUACAAGCAGCGCAGCCCACUGCAGGAGAUAAUCCGGCUAGAGUGGCUUGCUAUUUCGAGAGCUGGGCUAUCAAGAACCCAAAAGAAGGGCGCUAUACUGUGGAGGACAUACCAGGGGACCUGUGUACGCAUGUGCUGUACUCUUUCGCCGGCGUGAAUAACGUAACAUGGGACCUCCUGGCCCUGGACCCAGAGGUCGAUAUGGAACUGAGCGGUUACAUUAACUUCACAGACAUCAAAGAGAAAUUUCCAGGACUGAAGACUCUGUUAUCGGUGGGAGGUUGGGCUGAAGGUGGUUAUAAAUAUUCGGCUCUCGUAUCAGUCAAGGAGAGAAGAGCUGUUUUUGUGGCUAGUGUCGUGGAUUUCAUGCACGAAUAUGGAUUUGAUGGAAUAGACCUGGAUUGGGAAUAUCCUGGGGCGAAGGAGAGAGGGGGUAAUCCUUCUGACAAGGACAAUUUCUUGUCUCUUGUUGAAGAACUGAGAACGGCGUUCGAAUACGAGGGCUAUGGAUGGGAGAUCACUAUGGCCGUCCCUCUCACGAAGCGCAAACUUGAGGAUGGAUACAACGUCCCUGAGCUCUGUCGGCUUUCCAAUGCUGUGCACCUUAUGGCGUAUGAUAUGAGAGGCAUUUGGGAUGGAUUUGCUGAUGUGCAUAGCCCGUUAUAUAAGAGACCGCACGAUAAAGGUGACUUGGAAAGCGUCAAUGUUGCUGGCGGACUUCAGCUCUGGGUGGACAUGGGCUGUCCUGCACAUAAGCUUGUGCUGGGAGUCCCAUUUUACGGGCAUGCCUAUGUACUGAGUCCUAACAGUACCAGCUACGAACCAGGCACUCCCAUCGACAGGGACGCCAAAGUUGCAGGAGGGAUGCCUUACAACCAGAUAUGCAGAGCUCUUCAAGAACAAAACAGUGAGUGGACAGAGAAAUGGGACGAUUUUGGCAAAUGUCCAUAUGCAUAUAAAGGGAACCUGUGGGUAGGAUACGAGAACACCAGAAGCAUACAGAUAAAGAUGGACUUCAUAAAGGAGGGGGGAUACGCUGGAGCAAUGACGUGGGCCCUAGCUUCAGAUGACUUUCGUGGUACCUGCGGUCCAAGGAACCCACUCCUCACUAUUCUGCACGAGAACAUGAAGAAUUACACAGUGCUUACACAGAGCACCAGUUCCUCUGACUGGAUGGACACGAACUCACCGCCCAGCAGGACAACGGCUGAGAGUUCUGCAGUUACGGUACCAACAUCGCAAGAUGAAACAACCCUAACACCAGAACCAACCCAGCAGAUAUUGACACUUCACUCUUAAUACACCUGAAAGUGAAGAUAUAUGAAAUACAUAUCGUGAAUUACCUUCCUUACUUACGGAGCUUGGCCCUCUUUCAGAAGCCAAAUCUGCAGCUACACAAGAAUUUCCCAGAAUUUUAUGGAACCUGAAGGUUCAUUACCGUGUU